CGCCCCUCGCGACAUUCUGCUGGUCAUGGCGGCGCGGCUGUGUGCACGGCACCUCCCUCUGGCAUGGCUGUGCAGGCGAGCCGCGCAGAGCCAGGGCCGGCACUACCGCGCCGCACUCUGCGCCGAGUUGAAACAUCCCCUGAUCAUUGAAGAGAUGGCUUCCUCCCCUCUCGGGCCACACGAGGUCAGAGUUGAUGUUCACUUUUGUGGUGUCAACUUUGCUGAUAUUCUGGUCUGUAAUGGUCAGUAUCAGGAAAAACCCCCUCUUCCCUUUAUACCUGGAAUGGAGUUUUCUGGGGCUGUCCUGGAGACAGGAACAGAUGUCAACAAUGUGAAGAAGGGAGAUCGAGUUAUUGGAGUGACUAGCAACUUAAAUGCUAUGGCUGAAGAGUGCAUCACUGACCAGAAGACCUUGUGGCGGAUUCCAGAAAACGUCUCUCUACAAGAUGCUGCAGUCCUACCUGUAUCUUACGGCACAGCUAUUUUGGCUGUAGAGCAUCGGGCCCGCACCCAGCCUGGGGAAACUGUUCUAGUGACAGCCGCCGCUGGAGCCACAGGCCUUGCAGUGAUAGAUGUGGCGACAAAUGUUCUCCGGGCCAAGGUCAUAGCUGCAGCUGGAAGCGACGAGAAGUGCAAGCUGGCGAUGCAGAGGGGUGCACAGUCCAGCGUGAACUACAGCCAGGGCAGCCUCAAAGAUGCAGUGAAGAAGCUGGUGGGCAGCGGUGGGGUGAAUGUGGCCAUUGACAUGGUGGGAGGAGAUGUCUUCCUGGAGUCUGUCCGCAGCCUGGCGUGGGAAGGCAGGAUUGUGGUGUUGGGAUUCGCUGGAGGAAACAUCGCAUCUCUGCCCAGCAACUUGUUGCUCCUGAAGAACAUCUCUGCCAUGGGCCUGUACUGGGGUCGCUACCAACACCAGGACUUUGCCUUGUUUUCCAAGAGCUUGUCCUCUGCCCUGCGGUACUGCCAGCAAGGGCUCAUCCGCCCGCACAUUGGUGCUGUGUUCAAACUGGAGAAGAUCAAUGAUGCCUUCCUCCACGUGAUUCAGCGCAAAUCCACGGGCAAGGUGCUCCUCUCCCUUAAGUAACUCCUCACCCAGGCAGCAGACCCGGGAUCUGAUCUCCCUCCUGCAUUUUAAAGGUCUCUGUCUUCCUCACUGACCCUGGUGAUGCAUCUUGGUGUCAGUUCCCUUUGGUUCUGCUUUCUUGCUGCUCAUAAUCAGUGUGAUCGAGAGAUUCUUGCCCCAACUCUGCUCUUUCUGAGAGAAAAGGGUACAAUUAGUAGUUCCACAAGGAGACCAUGUCUCGGGCAAGCCAGGAUGUGUGCUCACUGAUGUCAGAGUGUUUCAAAUGUUAAGUCUGUUGUCCCCGACCCCAGAGUUGGCCCCAUGCCUCUACACCUCCGUUUCUAUUCUGAUUAUUUCUCUCUCACCUGUUGUUUCCAGGGGUCUUCUAACUGGCUUUCCUAUGGCUGAACUCUCCCAUCCCCUUCAGCCACGUGCCACAUUACUGCCAUGGUGUCUCCCUGAAUGCGCUCUGAUUAAGUCUCAGUGUCUCAGCUCUUCAUGCACUGCAGAGCUCAGGCCUUUCCUAGCAUUAUCUGCCAUCCCCCAUUCCCUAAGUGCCUUUGCCGAUCUCCCCUCCCUGUGUUCUGUUCCUGUGGUCUUCUCUCCUCCACCUCUCAGGCCUUUCUGGUUUGCAGGCCUGGCCUUUUCCAUCUGCCUUCAUUCUCAGGAAUGUGUUGCUCUCUGCCGCUGCUGCCUUCCCGACUCCACCCCCCAGGAUUUGCCACACUCCCCUUGAAUCAUAGGGACACAUGUGUAGUAGAUGGAACACAGGGUUCUGAAUCUAAGAUGUGGGUUUGAAUCUCAACCUCCCUGCUGCCCGGUGGUGACUCAAGUGAUUGACUUUUGCUUUUCUUGCUGUAAAUCAGUAGUUCUCAACCUGUAGUUUUCGACUCCUUGGGGUUGACCAACCCUUUCACAGGGGUCGGGUCACAUAUCAGAUAUCUUGCAUAUCAGAUAUCUACAUUACAAUUUAUAACAGUAGUAAAAUUACAGUUAGGGAGUAGCAACAAAAAUAAUUUUAUGGUUGGGGGUCACCACAAUAUGAGGAACUGUAUUAAAGGGUUACAGCAGUAGGAAGGUUGAGAAUCACUGUUGCAAAGUGACUGUUAUAAUAUCUGACUUUCAACGUUGCUAUGGGCAGUACAUGAGGUAUUCGGGUAAAGCACCUAGCAAUGGUAAUCCAUUAGUCAAUGCUGGCUCCUCCUACUUUCUCUCCUUUCCAUACAAGUUACAAGUUCCUUGAGAGUUAGGUACCAUGUUUGAAUCCCCUGUUGACUUCCAAUACCUUUUAUCAUUCAAUUUAAUUUGUCUAGAAUCUUAAAUUGUGGGAUUAUAUUAAGGAUAUGUUACUCUGGAAACAACCCAAAUGCCCUUUGACAGGUGAAUGUAUAAAUAUGCAUACUAGUGUUUUUAUAUAUACACAUAACACACACACACACACACACACACACACACACACACAAAACAUAUAUAUGUAAUAUAUAUUAGGUUGCAUAUAUAUUGUAUGCCAGUGAGACAUAAAGUAGGUGGUCAUCAGGAGCCCCUCUGGAAUAGAUGCUGGUAAACUUAACACCUCUUCCAGGGGGAAAUAGGGAGAAAUAGGGAGUUGCUUAAGGCAUGUGGAGUUUCAGGUUGGGAAAAUUAAAAAAAAAAAUCUGUGGAAAUUCAUGGUAGUAAUGAUUACCCUAAUGAAAUACUGAAGGAUACACUUCCAAUUGUUUUAAAAAUGGUUGCAAUGGUAAAUGUUAUACAUGUUUUGCCACAAUAAAACACUUUUAAAUAAAGAUGUGUUGCUGUUA